AUGCCUUUUAGCGGCAGAUUUUAUCUAUCAAAAAAUAAAAUACGUUAUAUCUCAGCUCACUCUCAUAAUGGUACUAAAUACAAAAUUCCUGAUAAUUAUAUAGUACAAACGAGACUGGGCCAAGGAAAGUCACUAUAUGUAAUAGAAUGUGAAGUUAAAUAUGAAACAGAUGGACCAAUUUUUAUAAUUAGUUUUGAAGAGAAUGGUCAAAAUUUUGUAGUAGAGUCAAAAGAAUUUGUGAUUAAAGUUGCCAAUGAAUAUACACAAAAAAGAAAUCCUGAUAUGAAAGCAAAAAUUUUUGGAGUGCAUGUUUUUGGACUUAACAUAAUAGAAAUGGAACAAGAAACUACCAUUCAAUAUGAACUACUGCAUAAUUAUGAAGUCUUAGAUUCUAGAAAAAAAAUCAAUGAUAAAAUGAAUCAAAAAGUUUCUGUUUCUGUUUUAAAUAUCACAAACAUUUCUCUUGUAACAACAAGUGAGCCAUCUGAUAUUAAUAAUCAAGAAAUUGAAGAAGAUAUAUUGGUAAUGCGGGCUAUAGAAGGAUCACAGAUAUAUUAUGCUUUGUGA